GAUUAAAGAUGUACUACCCACAAGCUGUCAGGAGUUUUUAAAGUGGUGAAUUUAAACAGUCUUACAACAGGAUGAAGAUUUCUGAAAAAGUAGAUGGCUAACACAUUAUAUCUCGGGCAUCAUUUGACUUAGAUAGUGUUGAUGUAUAAAGUUGAAGUCAGUAUAUUAUACAUCAAGAAUAGUGGAAUCCAGAAUUAAGCCUCAAAUGUGACUAAUUUACUAUAGAACAAAGAGUACGUACACUAUAUCGAUACAUUUUCUCAGUAACAGUAGAAUCAUCGAAAGAAAAACGAAGUUUUAAAUGUUAAGAUGUUCAUACAAGUAUUGUCCAUCCUGUGAUGGCCUGUGGUUUAUAAUAUAUAUGCAUUGUUUAAAAAGGAAGAAAAUUGAUGGUGGGAGUGUUCAUAGUUUUUCCUCAUCACAACAGUAAGCCACUUUGAAUUCAUAAGAAAACAGAUCAGCCACCGCAUGUGAUAAUAACAUAUUCAGUUUAUAUAACCUAAAAUGAAAUUUGGUAAAAGUAAAGCGGAUCUCCCUGGAUCAAGUGAUCCUUCUUUGUACGAAAAUACCAAUAUUUUGACAAUUAAUACUUUUGCCGGAACACAGAUAACGAAUAUUGAGGAGGAAGAUUAUGAAACAAUAGAUGAAACAAUAGAACCAAUAGAAGUUCGGGAUUCACAUGAAAGAAAAAAGAAAAACGCGUCUAAUGAUACAAUAGAACAAGUAGAAGUUCGGGAUUCACAUGAAAGAAAAAGGAAAAGCGCGUCUAAUGAUACUCUAAAGCGACUGAAAUGUAGGUUUAAUGUAAUGACAGUGCUGAAUACUGUUGUUUACAUAACUCUGAUUUCGUUGGUUAUAUUCCUCUUUGUGCCAAAGAGUUCAGUCGACAGUCAUUGGGCACAAUGGUCAAGCUGGACCUCGUGUGACGUAACAUGUGGUAAUGGAAAACAUCUACGGCUAAGAACGUGUACAAAUCAAUUUGCUACGACAAAUGACUGUAUUGGAGAAAGUUUGCAGAUUCGUGAAUGCACAAUUGGCAACUGUACAGUAAAUGGUCAGUGGGCAUAUUGGUCCAGUUGGACUUCUUGUGACGUAACGUGUGGCAAGGGAAGGCGAUUACGGACAAGAAGAUGUACAGAUCCAACGCCCGAGAAUGAAGGAAGGGAUUGUAUUGGAGAAAGUUUACAGAGUAGUCAAUGUUCAGAAGAAAACUGUCCAGCCUUUAUGUCUGCAUUUUCUGUGACAACACCACAUUCCUACAGCACGAUAAACGGAAUCAGAAAGCUAAAUUUUUCAAGAACCAUUUACCAGUAUGGUAAUGAUUUUAAUAUCUCGACAGGAACUUACACCUGUAGCAAAUCCGGUGUUUACCAUUUUUCUGUUACAUUGGUAAAGAAGCGGGUAGAUGAAAGGAAUAAUCAAAAUGAAUUGGUUAGAUGUAAACUUUACAAGAAUAGACAAUCUUUAAUCUAUAUAAAAGUUGAUCCAACUGACGAUGAUACAGACAAAGGCAAUGCUGCUAUAACUCAGUCUAUCGUGAUAAAUCUUGAUGUUGGAAACACUGUGUAACUUUCUUCGUGCAACAAUGCAAGCACAAGCAUGGAGGAUUGGUCCUCGUUUACUGGAUUUCUCCUAUGUAACAAAAAUUAAAGCCCGUGUUAGUCUAGAAAAUAUUGCUCUUAACCUGAUUCUUCUUAUUUGCAAUACUGUGUUUUGGAAAAUAACACUAUUGUUUUGAGUUGCUGUGAAAUAUUAAAUGUUAAGUGGCACUGUUACUAAAUAGUGACUUCUGUAAUGAAACUAAAGCCCCCGGCAAGGUUUUGAAUAUACAAGUAUUUGUUUCUCAUUAUAAUUGUAUUUUUCAUUAUGUUACUAAUAAAUAGUCUACAUGUUUUUAUCAAAUAAAUAAAUUUGAGAACAAGACUUAGAUUGCAAUAUCAGUUGUAACAAUAUCACUACAAAAACGGUUAACACAAAUCGAUAACCGAGUUCUGAAUCUAUACCUAUGCUCGAAUAAAGUAAUUGUAUCAAUUUUUUUGGCUUAAUCUUUACGUUUUUCCUCUGUUUAAGCAUAACAUUGAAUGAAUCAUUCAACUAUACGGAAAUAUGUAAUAUUUUUAAACCGAUUUCAAUCAAAUUCCCUAAGAAUGCACGAGGAAGUCUUGAAAGUAUAAUUCUUUUAAUGAAAUCAUUUUAGUGGAUGGCCAUUAGACACGUUGGUCCACCUGAACCACUUGUGGUAAUUAAUGAAACACAUCAACGGACAAGAACAUACAAAUAAAGGAAGAUAA